AUGCUAGAUGGGGAGUUGCAAGACGAAGCGAAGGCGAAAGCAGUAAAUGAGAUCAUUGCGGAGCUAAUCACAAAGCACAAAGAUGGGAAGGAUGUGGAUCUCAAUCGUCUCAAAUGUAUCGUAUCGUCGCGUCAUGGCCUGAGCCAUCAGCCCAAGCUGGUGGAUAUCAUUGCUGCAGUGCCAGCGGAACACAGGAGUUGGCUUUUGCCAAAGUUAAAAGCCAAGCCAAUUCGAACAGCGAGUGGUAUUGCUAUUGUUGCUGUUAUGUGUAAACCUCAUCGUAAUAUCUGUGUAUAUUGUCCCGGUGGUCCAGAUUCCGAUUUCGAGUACAGCACGCAAUCCUAUACGGGUUAUGAGCCAACCUCAAUGCGUGCUAUCCGUGCACGCUAUAAUCCCUUCCUGCAAACGAGAAGCCGCAUUACACAGCUAAUGCAACUCGGACAUAAUGUUGAUAAAAUCGAAUUUAUAGUAAUGGGAGGUACAUUCAUGUCGUUACCAGAGGACUAUCGAGAUUAUUUCAUUCGAAAUCUCCACGAUGCUCUUAGUGGUCACAUUAGCACUAAUGUCGCAGAGGCAGUAGCGUUCAGUGAGCGAAGUCGCGUGAAAUGUAUUGGUAUAACAAUUGAAACACGGCCUGAUUACUGUCAACCGAAGCAUCUCGAUGAGAUGCUGAGCUAUGGCUGCACGCGAUUGGAAAUUGGAGUGGAAGCUGUAUGCGAAUGUUUUGAAAUGUCAAAGGACACUGGCUAUAAGGUAGUGAUACACAUGAUGCCCAAUUUGCCCAAUGUUGGCAUUGAAAGAGAUUUGGAGCAAUUCAUUGAGCUCUUCGAGAAUCCAGCAUUUCGUCCAGAUGGCUUAAAACUGUAUCCAACUUUGGUUAUUCGUGGCACUGGCCUAUAUGAGCUAUGGAAAACAGGACGUUACAAAAGCUACCCGCCAGAGAUCUUGGUGGAUCUAACGGCGCGCAUCCUGGCACUUAUUCCUCCAUGGACCCGAGUGUAUCGCGUACAAAGAGAUAUCCCAAUGCCGCUU